UCCCAGCCGCACGGGGGCGCUGUACUGCAAUAUUCAUAGGGCUUUACUUCCGGUGUCCCGGUCCACACGCGAUUCUUACGCGGUUUUGUCAAUUGAAACACGAGUGUUUUCCACUAAUUUACAGGCAUCAUGAGCAAAGCGCACCCACCAGAGCUAAAGAAAUUCAUGGACAAAAAGCUUUCCCUGAAGCUAAACGGAGGCAGACACGUCCAGGGCAUCCUGCGAGGGUUCGACCCCUUCAUGAACCUGGUAAUGGACGACUGUCUGGAGGUGGCCCCCGGAGGACAGCAGAACACCAUCGGGAUGGUGGUCAUCCGAGGAAACAGCAUCAUCAUGUUGGAGGCUUUGGAGCGAGUAUGAGUGGAGCUCAGCGGCGCCUCGUGUUUUCUCAUUCCUGUUUAGUUCAGUCUGAAUGAAAGUCAGUUGUUUUUGAGAUGUUUGUUUAAUAAACUGUUUUUGUCUUUUUA